ACACACCUAGGCUACUGGGGGAGUAGAACCAUUGGGUGGAGCAGCAACGUCGCGUGCUGCGCAAUACAUUCAGUAGCCUCGUAAACGCUGCGCGCGGUGUGGUUGCAGAUGCAGGUCGCUAAGUCUGCGCGCGAUGCGGGGGGAAAUGGCGAACGGGGGCGGACGGCGGUGCGCCUUGUGAGGAUACAGUAGACACCCGGAGCUGUGGCAGGCGGCAGCUCGAGGAAAGACAGGAGAAGGAAAGGAACCAUGGAGGACUCGGAGCCCGCAGAGGACGGUUUGCUGGCGGGCUUGCGUUGGAACCGGAGCGCACGAGACCAGGCUCAGCUCAAACACAAAAUCCGGGAUCUGCCGGGGCUACUCAAGCACGGGCUGCACCUGCGGAAGAAGAGCCAAUCACCUGACACUAUCCCCGGACCGAGCGCUGGACCUACAGUACACAGGUCUUGUUCCCAGAGUUUUCCAUGUGCUGGUCGGGCUGUGAGGAAUGCCUUCCUCUCUCAUGGACCAUACCCAGCUAAAGACAAGAUACACCUGGCCAGAAUCAUACGACGUAGCUACGUGGGCGUGGAGCUGGUGCAGUGGCUGUGUGAGCAGUGUGUGUACGUGCGUUGUCGGACUACUGCUGUGCGUGUCUGGCAGGUGCUGCUGGAGCUGGGAGUCUUGCUGUCUGUGGACCAGCGGGUGAUGUUUUCAGAUUCAAACUCUUACUACCAGUUCAGCUUCGAGGAAUGUGACUCCGCCUCUUGUGACUUUCGCUCCAAUGAGGGGGAAUGGCCAGAGGCAGUUAGGCUCCUCCUACAACUCGCCCCGUACAUCCAGUUUCGCUCUGGAGGCGGGGCCAACAGCCCGUCAGAGGAGGACUCUGAAGGCAACAGAGACAUCUGCAGUGAGACCCAGAUGAAAGCUCUUGAGAGGCUCACGUCUACGGUACAAAGUGAGUUGGCGGCUGCUCUUGCUCGAAAGACACGCAAAGCUUUAUCAGAGCAGGACUCUGAGACGACGGAGACGAGCCAACGGGAGCCUAGCACACCGAGCGAGGAGAGCAGCCCGCUGGACGGGGUGUGUGCACUGCGGGAUGGCGGGGGCAGCAACAGCGGAGGAAUGGGGACUGUUUGUGCCCGCGAGGAGCUGACCAGCCGGCUGGGGCUGGAGGCUGUUCAGCGGCUGGCCAAGGACGGCUGUCGGCUGCUGCAGAACCACAACUACCGGCUGCCCGACAGGAACCAGAUGGAGGCAUUGGGAAGGGUUUGUCUCAAGGAGAGAGGACGGGAUGUGUUGGUGUUGCGGAGAGUGACGACAUCACUGACGUCCCCAUCAGACCGGCCCUCACCCACAUCGUCAGGGGGCGGGUCCGGAGAGGACGAUUGCGACAGGAGAUAUGUGGUGGUAUCGGGGACACCGCUCAAGAUCUUGGAGCAUCUGCUUAGUGACCUGCGGUUGGACGACCAAAGAGGGGCGCCAGAGAUCAGGGAGAGCGAAAUGCUGCUGGAUGACUUCCUGGUAACCUACCAGGUGUUCAUGUCCACAAAUGACCUCUGUCAGGCUCUGCUGGGACACUAUAGCAGCGCCCGCUGCAGGGUCCAGGAAGAGGGCAAAGACGCCCUCUUCAGGAAGCGUAAGGUACUACAGCUGGUCUCCCAUUGGAGCAGGCUUUACAAGGACUUCCUAAAGGAAGAGGAGCACAUCAGGAGUUUCAUGAAGACUCUGUAUAGGUGUGUUUUAGAAGAUCUGUAUGAGUUCCCCACACUGGAAAAAGACCUAAAGGAGUUCCAGAAACUUCUGCGUCGCAGACACACUGUGGAUGACUGCCCUCCAAACCAAAAGAGUAAACAAAUGCAUCAGCAGUUGAGUUUGAAGGAAAACUGUUUGCCACUACGAAGUCCACCGACUGAUACUAGAGAUAUUAUUUGUUGCGUGUACGUCAGCGCUGACUCCUACCUGAGUGUCCACACACAUCCCUCACUGGAGGCCCAUGAGCUGCUAAGGAUUGUGGGUCUGAAGAUGGACAGAACAGAAGAGGACAUGGUGCUCGCUGUGGCGUCACAAACUGGAGAGCGGAGGGUGUUACAGCCCAGUGACUGUGUGUAUUCAGAGUCCAUGACCCCACAAGGAAAGCUUGUGGUCUGUCGCAGGGACCUCAGUGAGAUUCUGCCUCCUUUAACGGACAGUGCUGAGCUAAGCAGGAGGCCGGUGCGACUCUUAGGUAUUAACACCUGGGAUGUGGCAGCUGCUCUCACACACCUGGACUGGAGCCUCUUCAAAUCCAUCCACGAGCAGGAACUGGUGUACUACACCCUCAGCCGUGCUCCUGGUACGGGCCACACAGCGGCGCUGUCUGUCCUGCUCCAGCGCUGUAAUGAGGUCCAGCAGUGGGUCAUGUCUGAGGUGCUCAUGUGUGUAUCACUCAACAAGAGAGUGCAGCUGCUCAAGAAGUUCAUCAAGAUCGCAGCUCAUUGUAAAGCCCAAAGGAAUUUGAACUCUGCAUUUGCCAUCAUCAUGGGUCUUAACACAGCUGCUGUCAGCCGACUGAACCAAACCUGGGAGAAAUGUCCAGGGAAGUUCAAGAAGCUUUUUUCAGAGUUGGAGCUCAUCACGGAUCCAUCUCUCAACCACAAAGCCUAUAGGGAAGCCUUUAAGAAGAUGAAGCCUCCCAAGAUUCCUUUCAUGCCUCUCCUUCUAAAAGAUAUCACCUUCAUCCACGAGGGAAAUAAGACCUUCCAUGACAACCUGGUCAACUUUGAGAAGCUGCAUAUGAUUGCAGACACAGUGAGAAUGAUUCGCCACUGCCAAAGUGACCAGCCAGGCAACGAGGUAAUCGGGGUCGACAGUGCAGAGGUGAGGGCGAGUGCUCACUACCUGCACAUUAUCGACAAUCAACAGACUCUUUUCGAGCUGUCACACAAGCUGGAGCCACGUGCUUAAGGAAACACACACAUACCCCAAUAGACGCACACGCAAACACACUUGACACAGCGCAGUGGAAAUUAGUAUGAUGUGACUUGGAAGAUGCUUUGUAGAGCAAAAUGCCCCACUCACACAUGCAGUGCAACCAAAUCACACUACCAGCAGUGGUGCCAAGUGGACAAUAGGGUGCCAUGUGUGGAAAACCAAUGAAGACACAGAGCUGCACUAAGCCUGUUUUUUAAGGCUUUAUAACACUGAACAUGUGUUUAUAAAGGAUUUAUGGAUAAACAAUUUAAGUCCAUACACACUCUGUGAACUAUCUACAGGAAAAGAUUCUGCGCAGCAAAACUGAGAUUUGCCAAACUGAGACCGAGAGAAGAAGAGGCUGUAAUUAGUUUGUACAGUAUCUAUUGGAUUUGUUUUUGUUAUUGUGGUUAGUUUUUGGUUAUUUAUUUAUUAGCAGGUGGAAUGUUCCUUUGUUUCAGUCUUUCAAGUCUUGCCCACCUUCUGGAAGUCAACAAGGACUUGAUAGCCUCUUCAUCAUUUCAUUUACAAACACAAAACUAUCUGUAACGGAGUUAGAUGUGUUUAAAAGAAUCUGCCCCCUCAAUUAUCUCAUAUGAUUUCAUCUGCAUAUUACACACCUGCCUGGUCCUUUAUCCAUAUCCAGGAUACAUGCAUACAUACCUAUUUAGGUAUAUGAUGUGGAGCUUUUUUUUGGUUAUUGUGUGGUUGAUUAUUAUGUAAUGCAAGCAGCGACCAGGGCUGAAGCUGUAAACCACGUAAACAUACCUACACCUUUUACCUAUUUUAUCACUUAGGCUCUGUCUUUUAACUUAAAUGUGCAGACCCAGUGAGUAAAAAAUGGUUCAACGUAAACAAUGUCUGGCAUGUGAAGGAAGCAUUGUGAGAGGUUUUUAUUGACUGACUUUAAUGUUGGAAACAUUAAAGCUGUCCUACAUGUGCCAGAGUUAAAAGAAAAAAAGAAAGAAAAAAAGUUGAUAAACAGUGAACAUUUCUCCUUGUUUCAAUUUUAGAGUCUUGGUUGACUUUUAGCCAAACACUCCUCAUCCACUCUUCUCUAUGAUGUUUUUUGUGUAAAUAGAUAAGAUAAUUUUACAUUGUAUAUAAUAUGGACCUAUAGAUUUAUCAGUGCCAGAUGUCACAUUGAGUCCUGCAGCAUGUAGAGACUGCAACAGUAGAGAUCUUGGUUUGUUUGGGUAUCGGUGUCUUUUACCACUGACAUUAUUUCCUUGAAUGAGCUCUUGAAUGACGCCUGGUCCUUGAUCAUGUAACGCAGAUCAGAAUCCUCAAAGAGAGGCUUUCUGACAUUAUGUUGACUGACUUCAAGGUCUGUGAUGGUAUACCACACAGUCCCGUCAUAGCACAACUAUUUUUCCUUUUUUUUUUCUUUUUUACUUUAUCCAAAACAAUCAUGUUCAUUUAGAGAUUUUGACAUUCAUUUCUACUGAGUGAAAAUAGCACUUCAUUCAGAAGUAGGCUUGUGUAAACUGUCUGUGAAAACCAACACUGGGUGUGGACAGAAUAAUGGAAGCACAAGGGCACAUGCCAUCAUACUGUCUGUCUGGUAGAAGUUUUAUAGUGUUGGUCGCCCAUUAAUUACAGGUAUCCCUCUAACAAUGGUUCUCUUUAUGACCCUACAAAUACAUAUUGGCUGGUAAAAAACUAUUCUUUCUGAACCAAGCAUCACUCAAAAACAGUCCUGUUGACAUGGCCAUGAAACAACUAUUUGUUAUUCAAAUCACUAAGGGACCAGCCUGUCAUGUUGCUACUUUUAGUCUGUAGUUACCAGGAACGAAAUGCUGAAUGGGAUAAUGGGAAUCCUUUAGAAAUUCUAUAAAUGAUUAUACACUCAAAGUAAGACAAGAAACCUCAUGUAGAACCACAAGAUCAAAUCUGGCAAACCUUAUUACUGUUUACAUUAUUUUGUGCUUGCCCUGAAUCUGUUUUAUACACAGCUAAGCAUUUCAGUGAUACAUUUCUGAAAAUAGUGAGAAUUUCUGCUGAGUAGGAGGAAACAUCCAAAGGCAAGAUUUCUAAAUGUUACGUAGCGAUGCAUGUCUUGCAGUGUAACUUAUAAAAGCAUGGGGUGUUAAAGUGUAACACAAUAGAACAUGUUGCCACAAGUGUUCAUCAUCCUUUUAACACUAAGCCUUUCAGAGCACAGAGCUGCUUCUCCUGCAGAUCAAGAAUCAAAUAGACAAGAAAGGACUGGGAUUUCCCCAAAGGUUUUAGUUCCCAAAACAUAUUUGAUUAAUUACAAGACAAAUAUCAAAGACGAUCUCUAGGUGAAAAUUCAAUUGUAAACAUAUGUAUAACCUAUGUGUUAUGAGCAUUUUAGUCAGUCUGCGCAUUAAACGCUCUUUAAAGGCACUAACCUGUUGUCACGGACAAACCGCACAGGUGCUCUGACACUGACUGUAGAGCCAGUUUUGUGGAAACUGUUAUCACCCAAAUUGUUAGAUUUGAAUGUAAAUUUAACUUGAGCCAUAUAUGUAUUUGAUAUUAUGUGGACUUUAAGUUGAAACAAAUACUAAAGAAGAGCAAUUUUCAAGGAAUUGUUACACAGUCUGUAGAUUAUUCUUCUCUGGGAGUUAUACAUAUCCAAAACUAUGUCACAACACAUUACAGAUUAUAGGAAUAACAUUCAAAAAUUCUGAGUUUUAAUUGAGAAACAAUUGGUCUUGUUGCUUGGGUUCAGCUUUUUGUAAUAAGAACGCAGUGUUACGUUUUCACUUUAAAGUUACAUGGUCUCAUUUUAAAGAUGCUUUUAGUGAAACCAAGUCAGCGAUUCUUGGACUGUUAGAGCUGAGAAAUCAGAGGCGUGGUCUGUUCAUAUGCAGUGUCAUAGAAAGGCCUCGUGGUGGUCAUUUUAACUAUAAACCUUUACAUGACGCACACAUACACGCACACACACACACACCUCUGCUCAUUGUGUUCAAAGAGCAAAAUAUUUGUGCUGUAUUACUUAUUUAUUGUCAUGUGUUUAUUUAUGUAUUUUUGAGGUGACAAAAGUUAAUGUGCCAUGUUCAGAGGUUCAUCAAUGCAGAAGUGCAUUCUUGAGAAGAAAACAUGUUUUUGGUUUGAAGCUGCAAUGCUAGAAUGUAAAAGUACUUGUCGUAAUGUUCUGUGGCAACUUGAAACAGCAGAAGAGCAAGUCCGGGUGAUGACGCUCCUCUUUCCUCUGGUAUCAGAUGUGAUGAACAGGAACCCUUCUGGUUGGGUGUUUAGUGUUUUAUCGGCAGUUGUCAUGACUCAUGACUAUGUAAAGUUAGUUUUUGUUUGUUAAAGCUAUUUUGUUUAAAUCCAUGUAUGCGCAUGCAUGUAAAAACUAAAAAAAACACAAAGUUCACAAUGCAAGAGAGGACACAUUGAAGGUUUUGUACUAUUGUAAUAUUGUUAAUGUGUAAAUAUAUGCCCAUGUUUGGUUUGUUGUAAUUAUUUAUCAGUUGUAAAUGAAAAAAAAGUCAACCACAAAGCAAUACGUCUCCUCUUGUGUCCACUCAACCUUCUGACAGCUGAAGCCACAUGUCUUUUCUAAAGGGGUGUUUUACUAUGUCAACAUUUGACUGAAAUUAAUAAAUUAUAGGUUUUAUGUGACAUC